CUUCAUCUUCAUCUGUCUUCCUGUCUUUCCAUCCCUCUCUUUUCUUUUCUCUCUCUCUCUCUCUCUUUCUCUCUGCGCACUACUGCAAACUACUCCGUGCUACCGGAUAGUACGGACGGUUGCCUUGGUCAAGUCCUCCUAGUUUCCAAGACCGUCCCUGCUGAUCAACACAGGGGAUGACAGUUAUGAUCUUCACCGAACUAAGCCCGUUUAUUGGGAGUUCUGUCGCCCCCCUCAGGCUGUUGUUGCUCCGUGCACUUUUUCUUCCGUUCCUCCCUCCUCUAUUCGGAUCGCCCAAUUAGGCCUUGCCGAUGCACAGGUGGCAAACCCGGUGAGGAUUCAUUCUACUGUUCUCUAUUCGGAUCGCCCAAUUAGGCCUUGCCGAUGCACAGGUGGCAAACCCGGUGAGGAUUCAUUCUACUGUUAUCUCCAUCUGGUCCGAUAGCUGUCGCCUGUAGCUGAAAACUUUUGUUUAUCUCCUCUAGUCUCGGUGGACUCUCAGUAGCGUACUACACUACUUGACGGUGCUAUCUAUGAGGAUUUCGAGGAGCAUAGUAAACCUUCCAGGUAGCAAAGAAACUCCGUGGCAUAAUUGGAAUCACGCAGGACAAACGAAUGACGAUGAGAACAGCGAUACUUGAGACGUUGAAAGAAGGUCGUUUCAGCUCCUUACUUGGACUGAUGGCGUUUUCUUUCAGACGGCAUGGCGGUGGUAAUGUCGCCGAUCCACAUUCCCUGAAUCGCUCACUCGCUGCGUCGUCGUCACAACAGAUCCGCCGGCUCCAUGAUCUUCACGGUGAUGCGCACAGCUAAUGCGACUGCCCCACUGCCAUAUUUGUCUGCCUGGCCUGCAUCAA